AUGGGUGAAAAGUUUCACGCUUUUAUGCUCCCGUGGUUCGCUUUUGGUCAUAUGAUUCCGUUCUUGCAUCUAGCCAACAAGUUAGCUGAGAAUGGUCAUAAAGUCACUUUCUUGCUGCCUAAGAAAACUCAGAAACGAUUGGAACAUCACAAUCUGUUCCCAGACAGCAUCGUCUUUCACACUAUUACUAUUCCUCAUGUUGAUGGCCUCCCUGCUGGCGCCGAGACCGCCUCGGAUGUCCCACUCUCGUUGGAGAAGUUUCUGACCGCAGCCAUAGAUCUCACACGCGAUCAGGUUGAAGCAGCCGUUCGCGCUUUGAGACCAGACGUGAUAUUUUUCGAUUUUUCUCCUUGGAUUCCGAAAAUAGCGAAAGAACAUAGAGUCAAGAGUGUGAUGUACUUUGUGGCAGGGGCUGUCUCCUUGGCUCAUGAACUUGUCCCAGGUAGUGAAUUUGGAGUGCCUCCACCGGGUUAUCCUUCAUCGAAAGUGUUGUACCGUGAGCACGCUGCUCACGCCUUGUUGACCUUUUCCAUCUACUACGAGUUGUUGUAUCACCGGUUAACCACAGGUCUUAUGAAUUGUGAUUUCAUCUCAAUUAGGACUUGCAACGAAGUGGAAGGUAAGUUCUGUGACUAUAUCGAGAUUCAGUACCAGAGGAAGGUUCUUUUGACAGGUCCAAUGCUUCCAGAGCCAGACAACAGUAAAACACUUGAAGAUAGAUGGAGUCACUAG